AUGGCGUCGCCAGAUGUCCACGUCCGGAUAUGUGAACAAGAAAUCCUUAAAUAUGACUUAGAAAUCAAGGCUCUCAUCCAGGAUAUCAGUGACUGCACAGGACCUCAAAGCAAGCUGACAGAGCUCAACUCCAAAGUGAAGGAGAGCUUCCACAACCUCAGAUUGCGCAUUCAGGAUUUGGAGCAGAUGGGAAUGGAGCAGGACAAAGAGUCGGAUAAACAGGCUUUAUUCAGCCAGGUAGAGGGACACCGCAAACAGAUGCUUAGUAACCAGACGGUUUGGAGGAGAGCCAACUUGGCCAGCAAGCUGUCCAUCGACAACCUGGAGAAGGAGGCUCUUCUUAAGGGAGCCGACAACUCUGUGAGGCAGAGGAAGAUGACCAAAGAGGGCCUGGCCCAGACGUCCAGUAACAUUACAGAGAGCCUGAUGAGCAUCAGCCGCAUGAUGGCCCAGCAGGUACAGCAGAGCGAGGAGACCAUGACAACACUGGCGACCUCCUCCAGGACCGUCCAGGAGACCAACGAGGAGUUCAAGGCCAUGACGGGCACCAUCCAGCUCGGGAGGAAACUCAUCACCAAGUACAACCGCAGGGAGCUCACUGAUAAACUGCUCAUCUUCCUGGCGCUGGCCCUCUUCCUCGCCACGGUGCUCUACAUCUUAAAGAAGAGACUGUUCCCCUUCCUGUAGAGCAGGUACUCUGAUAAAAGUAUACGCAGUUGUCUAGGAUCUCGACUGUACAGAAUCGCCACAAACUGUUUAAAAACUGCUCUGAAUCACACACGCACACACACACACACACACACACACACUCACAAUACAUUAACUUCUGCUCUGUGGAAAAGGGACAGCUAAACUGUGAAGGUGCUGGAGGUUAAGAUCAUCUCCAACAUGGGAGGAUUUCUGUAGGUUCAUCUAGGUUCAUGCAAUGUCAUAUUUAUUUCAGAGAUUUUGAUCUACACGACUUUCAUUCAACAAUGAGAAUGAUUUAUUGUACUGUAAAAGAGGAUGUACUUGUUUGUAGCGCACAUUUUGUUUGAAGUCCAUCUUAGCUUAGUGUGACAGUGAUGCUGUGCAUUGCUUUUGUUGAAGUCUGAUAUGGGAAGAGUCAGAUGACGCAUAGUAUUUUUUUUCUCCUGAACGUUUCUAUGUAAGAUCUUUUUUUUAGUGGUAUCAAAGAUGCACAUGUACAGACAGAUCCUUGAAGAAGAGAAAUUUAAUUUCUGUGCCACUCUUACAUAUAGAAUACCGGCUCAUUUUCAUCCAGCCAUGCAGUUGGGACUAAAUGAUUAGAGGACAUGUAAAGCUUGUAAAACUUGUUAGCUUUGAUGUGAUGAAAUUCUGCAUAUCAAGAGCCGUCAGUCUGAGAGUGAAAACAUGCUUUCAUUGAAAAAUCAUGUAAACAGGACCUCAGUGUAAUCAGACAUAGUCAAACAAGUGGCACAAUAUCCUUGAUUCCAGGUAGGACUCUCUCCUGUUCUUCCAAUUUGCCUAAUUAUACACAAAACUUGAAAACUUGUAUCAUAUGUAGGUUUACAGAAAAUUCCAGGUUUGGGACCAAUAUCACAAUUUUAAAAUCAAAACUGAUUAUUAAAAAGAAUCAAGUCCCUUUAUAAAAAAAUCUUAGUCAUUUCAUCAACUUUUAACCAUCUUUAACCAAACCAUCGGCAUCAUUCAGUUUUCACUAUUUUAUUGCUGCCUGACAAUAUACAAGCACUGUGCAAAUAACGUGCAAGGCCUUUUGUCGAAUUGCUUUUUCUGUAAUGAUAGUUUUAAUUUAAUAUUCCAUGGUAACAAUUUAAUCCUACUUUGAGGAAUAUACGUAUUGAAAUUAAUGUUAACUUAAUAAUGCUUUGGACCAUUCACUUUACCCACUGUUGUAGUGUUAUAGUAGCUCUGUAAUCAAAUAUACCACUAUAUUUGCAUAAGGCACAAUUAUUUUUAUAGUAUUCAGUUAUUUCAUGCAGGUGUAUGUUUAAAAGUCUUAUUUGCUUCAGAUCAAAUCAGGUAUACGUUCUUCCAUCUGUGCCCGUGUUAGCUUGGCGCUGGUCUGCAGCAGAGCAGAAAAGCCCAGAAAAGCAGUGGCAGUAAUCACAUUGGCAAAGAUAGAGAAGCAUGCGUCCCUGCCUUUCUUCAGAUAAGACCCGGAAAAGCAGAUUAUUCCGACCCGUUUCCCUCUCCCUUUCCAGUGUGGGUGGAGGGUGAGGGGGGAUAUUUUUAGGUUUGUGUGGCUUUCUUAUCUGACGUUGCCUUUUCAACACCUCAAACGAGCGGGUGGCCAGAGUGGCUACAUGACCUUGCUAGCCUUUCCACAAUUGCCUGACAUGGCUGUUUUAGAAAGAAAAACUCUGUAAAUGUAAUCAGUAUUUGAUUAUCAAUAAAUACGAAGCCUUGUGGCUUUAUGUUUUGGACC